AAAAAAAUAUUGAGAGUAGCUUGGAACACUUUUUAUAUUAAGCAUAUCAUAUUAUGUAUCUGCGUUGAUAGAAACUGAAUAAAGAAACAAAGCAUAGUUGACUUCUAAUCAUACACAAUGAUUACCACUUUAUUUCUUUUGAGUAUUACUCCUAUAUUACUAUAUUAUCUAUUUCAUUAUGCAAGAUUCGUAAGAUUGAUUAAUAAUAUACCAAGUUUGCCGUCCCUCCCAGUGCUCGGUCAUACUCUAGAGCUGUGGAUGUGUACGCAAGAAUCUCUAUGGAAACUUCAACGUGUACUUGGUAAAACUUAUUAUCCUAUUUAUAAACUUUGGUUAGGUCCGAUUGCUUUCGUCAGCGUUCAUCAUCCAGAUGAUUUAGAGAAAGUACUAAGUAACUCAAAGGAACAUCUUUCAAAAGGUCAUAUUUAUACUUUUAUCGAACCAUGGUUAGGGAAAGGAUUACUUACUAGCGACGGUAUCGUAAACAAAAUUUUUUAUUCUAACGAUAAGAAAAUUUCUAAUAAGUUUGUAUAAAAAACUAUAUAC